CGCCCGGGCUACCAGAUAGCCGACAACGAUGACACGAGCGUGCGCACAGUUUAUCCGCAACUUUUAAUCCUGUGAAGCUACAAACACGCUCGAACUGUGGAGAACGUUUUAAUUUCUUCAGUCUCUAGAACUUGGCGUUGUCGACACUUUUUAUAGCUAUUGCAAAACAGCGUUUCUGUCUUGACUGAACUGUGUUGUGAUCACAUUUGUGCUGUUGUUUUUCCCUAUGUCCCGAAAAUCCAGCGAUAAUGACUAUAACCUGCGAAGUAUGAGCAACCUGAUGGGCGAGAGAAGGAAGAAAGUAAGCGAUGAUGGAGAGCGGAGCCUCAUCCAGGCUCCCUCCAACGCGAGCAUCAACAGCCAGGGACCCUCAUCCGCCUCCACCGGUGACUUGGAGCGAGCCGCCCGCAAGCAGUUCCAACAGGAGGUCACACCUGCGUUUGUGUAUAUCCUGGCGGGGUUCUCUGCACUGGGGGGCUUUUUGUUCGGCUAUGACACCGGAGUGGUGUCGGGAGCCAUGCUCUUGCUAAAGAAGGAGAUGAAUUUGAGUGCUCUUUGGCAAGAAGUGCUUGUCUCAAGUACUGUUGGUGCAGCUGCGUUGUCCGCCCUGGCUGGCGGGUAUCUGAACGGAAUUUUCGGACGGAGAGUGUGCAUCUUGUUGGCUAGCUUUAUCUUCUCCCUCGGGGGCGUAGUGUUAAGUGCUGCUCCCAAUAAAGAGGUUCUACUUGUGGGACGGCUCAUAGUUGGACUUGGAUUAGGCAUUGCUUCCAUGACCGUCCCAGUCUACAUGGCGGAGUGCUCACCCCCGCACUUGAGGGGCCAGCUGGUCACCAUCAACACCCUCUUCAUCACAGGGGGCCAGUUUAUCGCCAGCGUCAUCGACGGGGCCUUCAGCUACCUGCGGCACGAUGGGUGGAGGUACAUGCUGGGUCUGUCGGUGGUUCCGGCGGUUCUGCAGUUCUUCGGGUUCCUCUUUCUGCCGGAGAGCCCCCGCUGGCUAAUCCAGAGGGGCCUGACCCAGAAGGCCCGGCGGGUCCUGAGCCAGAUCCGGGGGAACCAGAACAUCGACGAGGAAUACGAGAGCAUCAAGAACAGCAUCGAGGAGGAGGAGAAGGAAGGCGUGGGAGCUGGCCCAGUGAUCUGGCGCAUACUGACCUAUGCCCCUGCUCGCCGCGCGCUCAUCGUGGGCUGUGGAUUACAGAUGUUCCAGCAGCUGUCCGGGAUCAACACUGUCAUGUACUACAGCGCCACCAUCCUGCAGAUGUCAGGGGUGCGGGACGACAAGCUGGCCAUCUGGCUGGCGGCGGGCACAGCCUUCACCAACUUCCUGUUCACGCUGCUGGGGGUGUGGCUGGUGGAGCGGGUGGGCCGCAGGAGGCUGACGCUGGGCAGCAUCAUUGGAACCUGUUUGAGUUUGACUCUUCUGGCCAUUGGGUUCCUUAUGACCUCCCAGCACGCUCCACCCGUCACUUUCCACCCCAGUAACCCCACACCCAACACGACCUGCGUGGGAUAUGGGUCCUGUGAUUCCUGCAUGCUGGACCCUGCCUGUGGGUUCUGCUACCGUGACAACGGCACCUCUUUGUUUGACUCUUCCUGCGUUCCUGCCAAUCAGGCCUCUACAGGGCAAGCAGCGUGGGGCAGAUGUUCAAACACCAGUCAGAUGAUAGAUGGAACUUACUGGGCCUACAACUACUGUCCCACCUCCUACUCCUGGAUCGUCCUCUUAGGUCUCAUCCUCUACCUGGCUGCCUUCGCCCCUGGAAUGGGUCCCAUGCCCUGGACGGUCAACUCGGAAAUCUACCCUCUGUGGGCUCGGAGCACAGGCAAUGCCUGUUCCUCUGGGGUCAACUGGACCUUUAAUGUCCUUGUGUCACUCACCUUCCUCCACGUGGCCCAGUAUCUCACCUACUAUGGGGCAUUCUUCAUGUACUCCUGCCUGGCUUUUCUGGGAUUCUUCUUCGUCUAUGGCUGCCUGCCGGAGACCAAAGGCCGUCGGCUGGAAGAGAUCGAAGCACUGUUUGACAGCCGCCUGUGCACGUGUGGAGCUUCUGACUCGGACGAGGGACGGCAGAUCGAGUACAUUCGGCCUCGUAUCGAGUUGGGCCAGUUGCGAAAGAGAGUCUUGGAGCCAGAGUGUGGAAUUGCAUAUAUAUCUGUAAGUAUGAAAGUACCAGUAGCUAGUCAGUUCUCAUUCUAUGUUUCAUUGGCUGAUUUCAUGGUAACUUGUAUAAUGAACAUCUAAGGUGAUUUUCUUUCAUCCUUAUACUGCAGUAGAUUUACUUUCCUUGGCACUUUUGGUUUUUAACUCCCAUUUUCUUUUUUCAGUUACAAUAGUUGAACUGUUGUGCCUAACUGGGAAGAUGUGAUUUUGUUGGAGCAAUGCUCUGCAGACCAAGAAGAUAUUUUUGUAUAUGGUGUAUUUAUUGAUUUGAUUGAUUGUUGCAAUUAUGUUUACUGAUCACACACACGGUGUGAAUGAAAUAAUAUGCGGUUACUGUUUUUUCCUUUUGAUUUAGGUCAUGUUUUUAUUUCUGUCUUCCUUCAUAGCCUUGGGUACAAAUCAGUUUGCCUAAUUGUCCUUCAAGUGGCUGAGUGGAAUGCUGGUGUGUUACGUGUUGAAUAUGUACCGUACUGUAAAUGUUAUUUUCAUGUGGUAAUCAGAUGAGAUCUUUGUGAAUUACUGUACCUUUUAACAUCUUGGUAGACAGGUAUACUUCACAAAGUUUACUGAUUAGAUACCUCUUUGUAAUGGGUCAAUAACACAAGAGGACCUAGAUGAAAAUGUUCAUUAUAAUGUGACACAGACUUCUCACAUAAGUAUCUGUACAAGCCUGUGUUGCUAUGCUAUUUUGUGGCCUGUAAUCACAGUCUUGCAGAAUCUUGAGUUCCUUCAGGGGGAGAAAACACUGCCAUUGUCUGCUCAUAAUGUACAGUAAAUUGGCAGACAGUAAAACGCAGUUUUUAAUAUAUACAGUGCCAUCCGUAAGUAUUUGUACAGUGACACCAUUUUUGUUUUGGCUCUGUAAUCCAGCACAUUGUAUUUUAAAUGAAAAUAUGAACAAUACAUUAAAAUGCAGACUGUCGGGUGAGCUGUGUAGGAAUUGCAACCGUUCUAUAGUUUUCAUUGUUCCCCCAAACCAAAAACAAAAUUUGUGUCACUGCACUGUAUUUCAGGUCGAAAUUAAUGUAGCUUUGGUGGAGAAAAUCUUAUUUUCAUGGACCUUUUCCGGCAUAAGAAGUAGUUGGUGGUUCUCAAAUUAGAGGUUAAUGAUGAAGCUGAUUCAAACAAUGUGGGGUUGGAUAUGCUUUACUAACUAAAUUAUUUUACUGGAAAUAUUUUUUUCUAAAUUUAAUUUGAAAAUAUGAAGUACAUUUUGGCAGAAGGGUUUUAAAUUAAAUAUAUUUAAAAUGCCAUGCAGCCAUGUAACAAAGCCUUCUCGUGUUUGACAGUUGUAAAUGUAUUGUGACUUUAUGAAUGCACUUUGAUAAAGGGAAGCAUCUCAGACCAUUACAACCCAGUGUUGUCCUUAGUUUUAUUACAGAGAUGUCCUGUACGUUUGUGAUGGAACAAUUUUCCUAUGUAAAACAACUGCUAUAAUGAAAUAAUAUUGUUUGUACAGUUUAUGACAAUCUAGUGAUUAAGUGUAUGUGUGUAUAUAUAUAUGCACAUAUACAUACAUAUCAGUGCUGUAUAGUAAAUUGAAUUAUUGUUGCAGUACAUGUUUUCCUAGGAUUCAUCUUUAUAUAAAACUACAUAUAUUCAUGAAAUUUGACCCCUUGAAUAUGUAAAUGGUCAAAAUAAGCACUAAUAAUCUUCAGUGCUUUAAUAAAUGUUGAAUCAAAAGGA